AAAUACUAUAUAUCUAUAUCUGUUAUUAAUUUAUUAUUCACCAUUCAUUUUCUCUCUCUUGUAAGUUGUAAACUUAGGGUAAACUUACGCCCUCAAUAAGAAUAAAAUGAUAUAAUAUGCUACGGUAAUGGUAGAACUACACCGACUAGAAACUAGAACUAGAAAUCUAGAAUAGAACCGUGACUCACCGUGAAGCCUCCUCCCAAAUCAAUAUCAAUAAGAUUCAAAAAAAAAAAAAUGCACCCUCCGUUCCCGUUAUCAAAAUUACCCUCUUUCUUUCAAUUUUUUACCAUCCCUUUUCUUUUUCGUUUUUCUUUCUAAUUUUUUUUUUCGCUCCAACGAAUUCCAAGUGCACAGAGCUGUAAUUGAGUGAAAGUGAUAAUGGAAAACUCGACCUUACCGGAAAAUAGCAUAGAGAACAGGAAGGUGGCGGUAGCGGCGGCGGAAGGCGACAGCGUAUCGUCCGAUGGUUUGAAAGGCGAAGAUGGUGAGCGGAACUCAAGCGGCGCGAACCGGUGGCCGCGAGAAGAGACAAUGGCUUUGAUAAAAAUUAGGUCUGAAAUGGACGGCGCCUUCAGAGACAUCAGCCCCAAAGCCCCUCUUUGGGAACAAGUCUCAAGGAAAUUAGGUGAGCUGGGAUAUGAAAGGAGUGCGAAGAAGUGUAAAGAGAAGUUUGAGAAUAUUUACAAGUACCAUAGGAGGACCAAGGAAGGCCGUUCCGGAAAGCGUAACGGAAAAACUUACCGUUUCUUUGAUCAACUAGAAGCAUUAGACCCGCACCCUAACAAUAACGCCGUUAUUCAAGAUGCGGUUCCAUGUUCCGUUAGGUUUCCGGUUACUGCAAUGGAGCAUUCCAGUUCCGCCACUUCGUCUUACUCGAGCGGCGGGGGUGAAGACGAAGGUGAAGGGAGGAGGAGGAAGAAGAAGAGGAGGCUGAGGCUGUUCUUUGAGGGGCUUAUGAGGGAGGUUUUGGAGAAGCAAGAGAGCCUGCAGAGGAAGUUCAUGGAAGUUCUCGAUAAGUGCGACCAGGAUCGAAUGGCGAGAGAGCAAGCAUGGAAGACGGAGGAGCUUGCCAGGAUCAAGAAGGAGCGCGAGCUUCUCGCUCAGGAACGGUCGAUUGCCGCCGCCAAGGACGAAGCGGUUAUGUCCUUCAUAAGAAAGUUUGCAGAAAACAGCAACAACAAUGGCGCGCUGCAAUUUCCAGCUGAUAAUAAUAACCACCUCCAGGAGCAGGAGAAGGAGAAGGAGAAGGAGAAAGACGAAGUUGGGAAUGGCAUCAAUGUUGGGAAUUUUGUGCACAUGAGCUCUUCGCGGUGGCCGAAGGAUGAAGUAGAGGCAUUGAUAAGGCUGAGGACACAAGUGGAUGAGCAGUUACAGCAGCAGCAAGGGAACAAGGGACCGCUUUGGGAGGAGGUGUCUACGGCCAUGAAGGGACUCGGAUACGAUCGGAGCGCAAAGAGGUGCAAGGAGAAGUGGGAGAACAUCAACAAGUACUUCAAGAGAAUGAAGGAGAAGAACAAGAGGAAGCCCGAGGACUCUAAAACAUGUCCCUAUUAUCACCAUCUUGAGGCCAUAUACAGCAAGAAGCCGAAGAACAAUAACAAGCUUGAUGAUAAUGAUAAUGACAAGAAGAACGAGUUGAAGCCUGAAGAGCUUUUGAUGCAUAUCAUGAAUGGUCAAGAAGAGAGGCAGCAGGAUCCAGAUCAAGAUCAGUCUUCAUCUGAAGAUGCAGACAGAGACAACCAUAAUGGAUAUCAGAUGCUUGAUAAUAGUCCUUCUUCCAUAGCAAUCAUGAGUUAAACAAGCUCUCAUAAAAGAUUCUUCCAUCAAUGUUGAAACACUUUUAGAGUCACACUCCACUCCAUUCAAUGAUAUCAUAGAAUAAUAAGGACAUCAUGAGUACCAGAAAAAGGAAAAUGAGUCCGAAAACAUUUCUCUUAUCAUAAGUUCGGUGGGUGUGUUAGACCAGUCUCAUUAUUAUUGGUAGAAUACAAAUCAAACUUCAUCUUAUAUUGUUGGCGUCUUUCUUUGUAUGUAAUUUUUACAUAGUAGUAUGUUGGACCUUUUCUCAGUUUUGUUUGAUCGUGAUAAACAGAACAAGUGCACAGAGAGAGAGAGAGAGAGAGAGUGUGUGUCUUUUUUGGAUGUGUGUGUGUAAGAGAACAAAGUUACCGGGCGUCUAAUAAAAUAGCAGUAAAUUUUGUUCUUGGAGUUUGUAAACCCAUGUGUGCUUCAGGUGGGAGGUGUUUGGGUCUGAUUGUUUUUGGCAAUAAAGAAAGGAGCAGUGGUGAAAUAAAUACCAUAAUGAGAUAUCA